AUGGAAGUUAGUCCAGCAGUUUUAGAAUUUAAAGGUGAUUUCCUUAAACCAAAUACCGAAUAUUUGACUUUAACUAAUAGUUCAAAUGGUCCAUUAGCUUUCAAAGUUAAGACCACUGCCCCUAAAUUAUACUCAGUUAGACCAAAUGCCAACAUUAUUCAACCUGGUGAUUCCAUCAAAAUCUCCAUUAAUUUACAAGCUUUCUCCCAACCUUUAAGUAAAUUUUAUAAAUGUAAAGAUAAAUUCUUGAUAGUUGCAUUACCAUGUUCAACUGAUGCAGAUGCUUCAAAAGUAUCAGAAUUUUGGAAUGAUUUAGAAAAAUCCAAUAAAUCCAAAUUAAUUUCAAAUAAAUUGAAAGUAAAUUAUAUUAUUGAAGAUGAUGGAGAUGCUAUCAAAGAAGAAAAAAUAGAUGAUGAACCAACUGAAGUUGUUGGAUCCAAUAAACCUGAAAUUAUUGCUUCAGGUGUUGCAACAAGUGAUGAUUCAGGUAUUAAAUCAGUUAAACCUUCAGUACCUGUUGAAGAAAAAGAAGUUUCCGAAAAGAAAGAUUAUGAUGAAGAAUCUUACAAUGAAAUCAAUAAAUUAUCUGAAAAAUUCGAUAAAACUGAAUCUGAAGAAACUAAGGUUAUUAAAAAGGAUGAACCUUUUGGUGUUUCAUUGAUCUUGACAGUUAUAUUAAUGUUACUCGCUUUUAUUAUCGGGUGGUUAAUUUUUUAG